GUUGGCACAUGGAAAACAGCAGAGCUCGCCCCGACACUCCCUCUGUUAAAGAGCUCGUGAAGAUUCUGUACGGAGGGAAACGAUGUGGGAGCCAUGUGAAUGAAGUCUGGCCCAAUCUGUUCCUUAGUGACCUGACGUUUGCCAAUGACCGCUACAGCGUUUGGAAGUUGGGAAUUACGCAUGUUUUGAACGCAGCACACGGACGGGCCCAUAGUGAGGGCGGUCCGGACUUCUACGGCCCCUCGGUGGUGUAUUAUGGAAUCCCCGCUGACGACUCGCCGACCUUUAACCUCUCCAAAUACUUCAGCGCUUCAGACAAGUUUAUUCACAAUGCGCUGGAAGUAGAGGAAGGUCGUGUGUUGGUGCACUGUGCUGUUGGCGUGAGCAGAUCGGCCACACUCGUCCUGUCUUUCCUCAUGCAGCACCACCGGCUCCCCCUGGUGGACGCUAUUCUCAAAGUGAAGGAGCACAGGUGGAUUUUCCCAAACACGGGCUUCCUGAAACAGCUCCGAGCUCUGGACAUCAAACUACACACUCAGACAUGAUAGACUUUUUUACCAAUAAUUUUAUAAAUACUUAACUUGA